AUGCCGUCCGCUCGGUCAUCCGGCGCUGGUGCCAUGCGUGGACGUGGAACAUUUCGCCGUCGUGGCUCAGGCGUAAUGCAGCGCGGACCAACGCGAAAUACUGCUUCGACCGCGACGAAUGUUGAUAUUGCCACCACGCAAAUUGAAGAACGUUUUGCGGCCGUGAAAAGGCAUGACAUUAUUGAUGAGCAGAUGGGCUUUGUGCGUCUGGAACAAGGUGAAACGCGACAAGCAUGGAUGGUGAAUAUGCACCCCACACUCAUGCCUGACGACGCGCACCCCUCCGGACGCUCCGGCGUAGACUACUACUUUAUUCAAGAUGACGCGUCUAUGUUCAAGGUUACUGUGACAUAUCAGCCAUACUUUUUGCUUGGUUGCUUUUCUGGCACAGAGUCCAUUGUGGAAGAGUGGCUUAAGCGUCGGUUUGAAGGUUUACUUCACUCCGUGGAGCGCAAGUACAAGGAUGACCUCAAGCUGCCAAACCACCUUGUAGGUCAUCAGCGUCUAGUGCUGCAACUGCGCUUUAUGAAUGUGCAAGAUCUACUCACAGUACGUAAGGAGCUUUUGCCACUUGCGCAGGAAGCUCAAAAAAAAGUAUCGGCUGUCGAAGCCUAUGCCAAUAUGCUACAUGAUGAGGCGGCCGUCGGCGUGGAAAUGGAAGAGACGUCCUACAUGACGCGUGGCGGCGGUCAGAAUCCAGAGCAAUGCGUUGUGGCGUUGUGGGAGUAUGAUGUGCCGUAUUACUUGCGUGUGGCCAUUGACAAUGACAUUCGUGUUGGGCUUUGGUAUGAUGUAAGCUUUCACGAGGGAACGGUGUCUAUGCGAGCAGUGCCUGAGCGUGUGAAGCGUGCGGAUCCUGUGGUUAUGGCGUUUGAUAUAGAGACCACGAAGCAACCACUCAAGUUCCCCGACGCAGAAGUUGAUGUCAUCAUGAUGAUUUCUUACAUGAUUGAUGGCCAGGGUUUCCUUAUUACCAACCGCGAGAUUAUUAGCGAAGAUAUCGAGGAUUUUGAAUAUACACCGAAGGACGAGUACGAGGGACCGUUUAUUAUUUUUAACGAACCGAAUGAGCUUGCCUUACUUCACCGUUUUUUCUCACAUGUACGCGAAUCAAGUCCGACAGUGAUUGCGACGUACAAUGGUGACUCCUUCGAUUUUAUGUUUGUCGAUACUCGAGCUCGAAUUCAUGGCUUGGAUAUGAAACAGGAAAUUGGCUUUGCGAGGGACUCCGAUGACGAGUACAAAAGCCGGCACUGCGCGCAUCUUGACUGUUUCCGGUGGGUUAAGCGUGACUCGUACCUCCCUCAGGGAAGCCAAGGCCUCAAAGCCGUGACCGUAGCCAAGCUUGGCUACGAUCCCAUGGAGCUGGAUCCAGAGCUCAUGACGCCCUAUGCGUCAGAACAGCCGCAGACUCUAGCACAAUAUUCAGUGUCUGAUGCUGUGGCCACGUACUAUCUCUACAUGAAAUACGUGCACCCUUUCAUUUUCUCAUUGUGCAAUAUCAUUCCCCUGAACCCAGAUGAGGUACUUCGAAAAGGUACCGGCACGCUGUGUGAAACAUUGCUCAUGGUGCAGGCGUACAAGAGUCGUAUUCUCAUGCCGAACAGGCAUGUGGACCCCAUCGACAAUUCUUACGAGGGACAUAUUCUGGAGUCAGAGACGUAUGUGGGCGGACAUGUCGAGGCAUUGGAAGCAGGAGUAUUCCGCAGCGACAUUCCUACUGACUUUCGCAUUGAUCCAUCUGCUAUGCAGGCGCUCAUCGAUGAUCUUGACAAGGCUUUGCAAUUUAGUAUCACAGAGGAAGGACAUAUGACCCUGGACGACAUUGAAAAUUACGCAGAAGUUCGCGCGGAGAUUUGUGGCAUGCUGGAAGAACUCCGUGAUCACCCUGUGCGACAAGACAAGCCGUUGAUCUAUCAUUUGGAUGUGGCUGCCAUGUAUCCCAAUAUUAUGUUAUCAAACCGACUCCAGCCUGACUCGGUGGUAGAUGAGGCGAUGUGUGCCUCGUGUCACUUUAAUCGACCGGGAAUGAGCUGUGACAAGCGCAUGAAAUGGGCAUGGCGUGGUGAAUACUUUCCUGCGAAGCGAGAUGAAAUCAACAUGAUUCGACAUGCGCUUGAUAUGGAGACUUUCCCGGGUCGUGAUGCUCAGGGUAGGACGCGAACAUACCAGGAGCUGAGCGCAACAGAGCAGUCUGCCCUCCUACAAAAGCGCCUCGCGGACUACAGCCGCAAAGUGUACAAACGUGCUCAUGAUACCAAGACCGUUGUGCGUGAAGCUAUUAUUUGCCAGCGAGAGAAUCCAUUUUACAUUAACACAGUGCGCGAUUUCCGUGACCGUCGCUACGAGUACAAGGGUCUGCACAAAAAGUGGAAGAAAAACUUGGAGAAGGCCAACGAGAGUCAUGCACUGAAUGAUACCCUAGAAGCAAAAAAGAUGAUCGUGUUGUAUGACUCGUUGCAAUUAGCCCACAAGUGCAUUCUUAAUUCUUUCUAUGGUUAUGUCAUGCGCAAAGGUGCUCGUUGGUACUCGAUGGAGAUGGCGGGUAUUACGUGCUUGACCGGAGCGACUAUCAUCCAAAUGGCGAAGGAACUGGUCGAUCGCAUUGGUCGUCCCCUGGAAUUGGAUACCGAUGGCAUUUGGUGCAUGCUGCCAGGGACCUUUCCCGAGAACUUUACAUUUCGUUGCAGGAAUGGUAAGCCGUUUGGUGUGUCGUAUCCGUGCUCUAUGCUGAACUAUAUGGUGCAUCGGCGCUUUACGAAUCAUCAGUAUCAUGACCUUGUUGAUGCACGGACGGGCGAGUAUCGCGUGCACAGCGAGAAUAGUAUUUUUUUCGAGUUGGAUGGACCGUACCGCGCCAUGAUUCUGCCAUCGAGUAAGGAAGAAGAUAAGCUGCUAAAGAAGCGUUACGCUGUCUUCGAUGAAGAUGGUUCGCUGGCAGAACUCAAGGGCUUUGAGGUCAAGCGGCGUGGUGAACUUCAACUGAUCAAAGACUUUCAGAAGCAGAUUUUCAGCAAGUUUUUGCUGGGUGACUCACUCGUGAGCUGCUAUGCAGCCGUAGCACAGGUGGCCAAUCAGUGGCUUGAUGUGUUGUACAGCAAGGGCACAACACUUCAUGACGAGGAGCUGAUUGAUCUGAUUGCCGAGAACAAGAGCAUGUCCAAACUGUUGAGUGAGUAUGGCGCGCAGAAAUCGACGGCCAUCACGACUGCCAAACGACUGGCCGAUAUUCUGGGACAGCAGGUUGUGAAAGACCGUGGCUUGGCGUGUAAGUUUAUUGUGUCAGCCAAGCCGCAUGGUGCCCCAGUUACAGAUCGUGCAGUGCCUGUGGCCAUUUUCAAUGCUGACCCUGAUGUGAAAGCACACUUUCUGCGUCGCUUCUUGCGAGACAACUCGCUCACGGACUUUGACUUGCGGAGUAUCCUCGACUGGAACUAUUACAUUGAGCGGUUUGCCGGUGUCAUCCAGAAGCUCAUCACAAUUCCCGCGGCCAUGCAAAAAGUGCCGAAUCCUGUGCCGCGAGUCAGGCACCCUGACUGGCUCAUGAAACGCGUUGCAGCCCGAGAGGACAAAGUAGCACAGGUCAAAUUAGACACGCUCAUGUCCAGUAAGACUGUGCAGGCGCGGACCAAGGCUCCAGCACCUCCGGCAGACAAGCCUAUGCCACAGGCCACUAUGCCGCCCCCUCUGCCGCCGCUGCCGCCAAUCGAGGAAGACUACCCUGGAUGGGUCACAGCUAUGCGCGAACGCUGGCGCCGCCGUCGUGCUGAGCGCCGCGGCGUGCCGAGACCCCAUUCGACCCUAGGUGGUCACUUUGCCGAACGAAACACGGCGAUGGCUUCCGCGACAUGGGACAUUGUGCACCUGGCACCGACGUCGCGACCAGGUGAAUUUCGAAUGUGGGUGCUUGUGGACCGCCAGCUUCAUGCGCUGCGAAUGCAUGUGUCGCGACAAGUGUAUGUCAACUUUGUCCGCCCACCCAAGCCGGGUAUGUUGCGUGAUACGUAUGUGGCCGAGUCUGUGUAUCGAACGCUCCCACGCGGUGCUUCGCCUCGUCACCUGAUGCGCCUCACAAUCCCGGAGAGCGAGUAUGUGGCGCGCGAGUCUCACUUCGCCUCACUGCUCAACCACCCGAAUGUCGAUGGCGUGUACGAAAAAGACGUGCCGCUCGACGUGCGUGCUAUUUUGCAGCUGGGCACUUCAUGCGUCUUGCGUCCUGGCACGCGACUGGCACAUGCGCUAGACACGGGCCUCUCGCUCGCUGACCUCACACAUGCACCUCCCGCGACAAGCCACGCCGCGUAUCUUCGAGGCGGUCGUGCUAUGCGUGUCAUGUAUUUGUACCACGCUUCUGACACGAAGCGGCAUGCUUAUGUACUUGUGAUGAGUGACGGUCAUACUAAGGUGCACAUUGUCGACUCGGCAGGUUUGAAACAAUGGCCCUCUCUUGAGAGUAUGUACGCGGAACGUCUCGAGGCCAUGCGACAGACCGGUCGUGUGCGUGACGGAGAGGGUGCGUUUGAUUACCCGCCGUCGCUCACCUGUGAUGUCGAUGUCCACACUAGUGAGACACAAGUGUUCCGUGCUUUGGCGCGCGAUUUCCGCGAGGCUCGCGCCGCGCGUCACGGUGCACAGCUGCUGACGAUCUGCUCGUCACGGCCCCUGAGCUACUAUGACGCACACAUGCACGUCUCUGCUGAAUUGCCCGUGCUCAUGGUCCCUGCAUCGCGUGCCGAGGACGCUCUGCCCGCUCUUCAAUGGCAAUCAUAUGCAGCUCGGCGUAUGGUCAACUGCUACUUGCGCACGUCGGCGUGGCUGCAUCGCUGGAUCGAGCUCGCCGCGCAUCUUGAUGUACCGCUAGGCAACUUGCCGCGUGACUUUGCGCUCUUUGGUAGCGACGUGGACUUUGCACGGCGCCUGCAGCAGAAUGACAUGGUUUUAUGGUGGACAUCAGCCCCUAGGCCGGACCUCGGUGGGCGUGAAGAAGACACGCAUGCAGGCACAGACGAGCUUGAGAGUCUUGAAAUCACGAAUCCGGGUGCAUACGGCAACGUUUGCCUGGAGGUCCAGGUCUCUGAUCUUGCCCUCAACUGUGUCCUUCAAAAUGCCAGUGUGCACGCCAUGGAGGGUAUAGGCGCUGCAUCUAUGGCACUCGACUCCGCUUCGCAUUCGCUCGACGAAUAUGCUCGGGGCCGUGUGCCAAUGUCUGCUGACCUCGGAGAUGCCGUCUUGACGUCACAGACAUUCACGACGGUACGGAGUAUGGUCAAGGCAUGGCAUAUUGAAAAGACCCGUGGUUCGUCUGUUUGUGCAUCAGUCUUGGCCGACAACUUUUGGCGCUGGGCGAGCUCAGCACGCGCUGCCAUGUACGAACCAGCACUCCAGCGUUUUGUGCAUCGGCUGAUGCGUAAGACUAUGCUGCAGUUGCUCGCUGAACUUCGUCGAUUGGGUGUGCAGAUUGUGUACGCGAACUAUUCGCGUAUGUUACUUCUGACGAACCGCCCGACGGCCGGCAGUGCUGUGGCUUAUGGUCGAUAUCUGAUGAGCGCUGUAACAACGCCAGAUGUAUUCCGUCACAUCAGUCUCCAUAUUGUGCACAUAUGGGAGUACCUCGUGUUUCUGGACAUGGCAAACAUGGGCGGCAUUAUUGCACAUGAACCAGAGAAAGACUUGCCGGACGAUGUGGACAUUGAAAUGGCGUGGAACAUACAGGCAUUUCUGCCACAGGCGCUCCAAGAUCGUUUCGCAAAAGCCGUGGGUGUAUUCAUUUAUGAACUCUACCAGGCGAAGCGCGCGGCUUGCGCAGCACAAGCCGAUCGUCCUGUGAUGCGUGCUCUCUCUCAAAAUACUCAACUUGCAUCCAAUGCCGUCCCUGAAGAAAAAGACCUAUCUAGUGCUGCGGAUGCCAAAUAUAUUGUCGCCCACGCCAUGACACCGCGACUUUUGCGUAUGGUCAGUGAGAUACAGGAAGAGCGAAAGGGCCCUAUCAACAAGGACGAAUGGGCCUUCCCACAGUUGCCAGGCUCACACCUUGUCAUGACCAAUCCCACGCUGGAAUUCAUCAAGGCCACGACACGUGUACUUGCUCUCUUGAAAGAUGCAGCGCUUGAAGCGCAGAUAUGUAAGCGGAACUUGCUUGACCUCAUUGGAGUACGCGAGUUCUCGCCCGUUGCAGAAUGGCAGAAUCCAUGCCUGUCAUUCCGCCUGCCAUGGGUCAUUUGCCAUUUUUGCAACGAUGACCGUACACUGGACCUGUGCCGUGAUGCCGACCUGAUUGCCAGUUCAGAUCAACAUGACUGGCGCUGCGCGCGCUGUGACACAUUGUAUGAUCGCACAGACAUUGAGCUGCGCCUCAUUGCCCUUGUACAGCAACAAGUUGCUCAGCAUGCUGUCCAGGAUCUUGUGUGCAGUCGAUGUGAGCGCGUCAAUACGUCGAACCUUGCACCAUACUGUUCGUGCUCCGGAUCUUGGGUUCACAAAACUUCGCCGGCAGACACGAACCGUCGCUUGCAUCAUGCCCUAGCCAUUGCUCAGUUCCACGCAUUCCCCUUGCUCGAGGCCACCGUCCAAAUGUGGUUGGCGUCAACGUAA